AUGCAGAGAUUCUACUCAGAUGAUGAACUUUACGAAAUACCCGAAGAGCAGUCCUGGCCUCAGGACGGCACCACUAUCCCCGGGGUUGGACGCACAAAUUCGGAUACUUUUAUUUCACGAGCUAUAGGCAAUACAAAGAAGCGAAAAGUAUCAAGCGCAUACAAGCCGAAUCCUCAUUAUUCGAUACGGGCCAAAAUCUUGAAUGCGGUUGAGAAACAAGCUUUGGACCCGACAUGGCCCUCCGCUGAGCGUACAGGGGGUCAAAAUGAUGAAAUCAUAAAAAGAUCCAUUCUCUCUCACAAGAUUUCAACGAACGUCGCAUGGGCUCUCUAUGAGGAGGUUAAGAAGGAAAAUUCCACUGAUCCUGUUAAAGCUUGGCUAAACAAGCUAGGAAUACCUUGUUCCGGCAGCUUUCGACACGGGAAUACCAAAUCUGGUGACCCUGAUGAUCUCUCAGAGGCAUCAAGUCUUGCUUCUCUGCCACCCUCGAGCAAAGCCAAGACACAAAAUUCAGUUCAGACAAAGAGUUCGACCCGCACACAUAUUUUGGCACGCGAAAAGGGUCAUGCGACCACCGAAAGUGGAGAAAAACCUCCCCAAACAAGGUAG